GUCAUCAGGUAGAUCCAGGAGCAUGAGCAGGACUUUGAGCUGCGGGAGCAGAUGUCUGGGUAUAAGCGCAUGCGGCGGCAGCACCAGAAGCAGCUGAUCGCCCUGGAGAACAGGCUAAAGGCCGAGAUGGACGAGCAUCGGCUCCGGCUGCAGAAGGAACUAGAAACACAUGCCAACAACACUUACAUUGAGCUGGAAAGGCUGGCCAAGCGGCACGCUGCUCAGACGGACAAAGAGAUUAAGGCGGUCGCAGCGGAAGGGCGGAGGAUCCAGCAGCAGAUCGUGGCUCAGCAGAAGAAGGAGCUGACCAACUUCUUGGAGAGCCAGAAGAAGGAGUACAGGAUUUGUAGAGACCAAAUCAAAGAUGAGAUGAACGAGGACCAUUGCACACCCAAGGAGGAGAAGCAGGAGCGUCUGUCCAGGCACAAAGAAACAAUGCAGCGCUCCCAGGCCGAGGAGGAGGCUCACCUGCUGGCCCAGCAGAGGCUGGUCUACGACCGCAGCUGCCGGGCCCUGAAACGCCGGAGCCUGGUCAGGAAGCACGAGUUUGAACAGGACCAACUCAGAGAGGAGCUGAACAAGAAGAGGACCCAGAAAGAGAUGGAGCACGCCCUGAUGAUCCGUCACGACGAGUCCACUCAGGACCUGGAGCGCAGGCAGCUGCAGAUUCUGCAGAAGCUGCGAAGUGAACUGAUGCGGCUGCAGCACCAGACGGAGCUGGAGAACCAGGAGGAGUACAACAACAGGAGGCAGAGGGAGCUCCACCGGAAACACAGUCUGGAGAAACGGCAGCAGCCCAGGAACCUCAAGACACUGGAGAUGCAGAUCAAGAAACAGUUCCAGGACACUUGCAAGGUGCAGAACAAACAGUACAAAGCACUAAGGAACCAUCAGCUGGAGGUUUCUCCCAAAGGCGACCACAAGAGCAUCCUGAAAGGUCUGAAGGAGGAGCAGACGCGCAAACUGGCGGUGCUGGCGGAGCAGUACGAGCACAGCAUCAACGAGCUGAUGGCGUCGCAAUCGAUGAGACUGGAGGCCGAGCAGGAGACGGAGUGCGAGGCUCUGAAGCAGCAGCUGAAGCAGGAGAUGGAGCUCCUGGACGCCUACCAGAGAAAAACCCAGUCACAGAUGGAGGCCCAACACGAGCGGGAGCUGCAGAAACUCGAGCAGAAGGUCUCCAUACGCAGAGCGCACCUUGAACAGAAGAUUGAAGAAGAGUUGUCGGCACUUCAGAAGGAACGCAGUGAAAAGAUCAAGCACUUGUUGGAACGUCAGGACAGAGAAGUGAACGGCUUCGACACCGAGAGUCGAGGUCUGGGCUUCGGCAGCCUGGGGUCUCUGGACUUCCCCAAAGAAGACAACAGAUGAAAGUGGACUGGCUUUUAGACUCCGUGUCCUUUUCACGUCCACUCGACCGUUUGCCACAUCCACGGUGACCAAUGCUGGAUUACCUUCUCUAUUGCUUUUCGUCUCUCUCUUAGAUAUCGCAUCUUCGACUCCAGGUGUUCACGCGCAACGAGGACUUCUUUUUUGUGAAACUUGGGGGAAGUAAAAACAAAAGAACCAACAACUACAACAAGUGUCAAUAAAAAUCAAACCUAGUCAGUGUAACUCGGAAAAAAAAAAAAAAACUCAAAAAAACAAAAAAACAAAAACAACUUAUGUGUUCAGAAUAACAGACUCUUUUUCAUCCAUGCCAUUUCCUCCUUUUGGUAUGAAAUGAGUAAAAAUCAGGAAACUUUAGUAUAAUGGGCACUUUGAUAUGUUUAAGUAGAAAAACUCAUCCUGUUCUUUUGAUGCUACUGUACAUGUGUGUGUGGAACACGGAGGGACAUUGUGGAAUGUGAGCAGGGGGGCUUCACCCCCCCCGGGGGACGGG